GAUUUCUUGCUAUUUUGGGGAAUGACAGCUGUAAACUAAUUAUAUUUUCAAUUUAAAUAAAAUCUAUUUAAUUGAGCUUCAUAACAUAUAUUUAGUAUAUAUUCAAAAUAUAAUUUGUCCAUAAAAACUACAUUUUUUGCCAUAUGGGAUAAUGCCCUUAUACUGAAUUGCAUUAAUGCUAUAAUCAUCAAAGUAAACAAAUAUUAUGUUACUGAAAGUAUAUUUGUGUCUGACAAGAUAAAGCUUUGUAUCAGAAAGCGAAUGAACUCCGCAGCAGACCAGAGAUUGAAUCACACUUUUACAGCAGCCUUUUAACCGCGUUUUUGUUGCUGUGCACCUGUUUAGAUGUGCACCUGGGUGUGAAACCCAAAAUUACAAGCCCACCGGCCCCCGAUUGCCAUUUGAGUUGAACCACAAUGUCUGGAUGGUGGUUAAAAUGACUAGUCAUGCUUCUGUGCCGUAAAACAAGCAGCUUUAAAUAUGGUUAAAGUCCGCGUACUAAAUCAUCCUUCAAAUCUGGCUUCUUGGCUGGUGUAUAAAAGUCAGGCAGCUAUUGUCAAGAGCUUUCAGCACUACCCAUAGCAAUUCAGCUUCAAAUCUCUCCCUAUCAUUUACUAUUUCUUAAAAAAAAAAAAAAAAGUUGCAUUUUGCCAUGACAACAGGACAGUAUUUUCUGGUCAUUUUUAUCUCCUAAAUGCACGAGGAGCUCGAGUGAACAAGAGAGAAAAUAUUUGAGGCCUCCAAAACAAGAGAACAAUCGAUCAUGCUGUCGUCCUUGGACAAACUCGUGGCCUGGAUACUGACUGGCUUCUUGGCGAUUCUCACUAUCUUCUUCAACAUGUACCUGCUUCUGAUCAACCAGAGGAACUACCGGAAGAGCACAAAGCCCCGACUGAGCCCAGCCGACUUCAUCAUCACGGCCAUCUCCCUGGCCAGCAUCUCCCUGCAGGUUCUCACGUACUUCUGGCAGACCUUGGAUGUGAUCGACACUGUGUGCCGCAUCAGCUUAGCGGGAGCCAUCCUGCUGGUGCUCAUCUUCAGCCUCAAGUUCAUCAUCUUCUGGAGCACGGCGUUCCUGACCUUCUACUACGGUAAUAAACUGGUGGUUGAGCCCGUCCACUGCUUCACACGCAUCCAGGAGGCCAUCAUCAAAAACGUCCACAUGGUCCUGGCGGUGAUCGUCGUGAGCGGCUUUGCCAAUUGUGUGCCAUUGCUGAGCGUGUUGACCUACAACACCACCACCACCACCACCACCAGCGGACUGAGCGAUUGUGGGUCCAUCAUGCCCACCGACACGACCGGACUCGCCUACAUCUUCUACUACGUGAUCAUCUCUGACAUCGUUCCAGGAAUCAUAAUGGUCAAAUGCAGCAUUUCCAUCUCCUACUACCUGGCCAAACAUCUUCUGGACAUGAAGGCCAGUAGCAACAGCGCCCAUGGGCCCAAGCUCGGCACGCAGAUCCGGGUCAUCAAGAUGACUCUCAGUUUAGUGGUCGUGUAUGUGGUCUUUCUGAUCGUGGACAUCGUCACGCAGAUAACGGUGGUGCUGAUGAGGCAGAACACACUGGCCCUGACCGUUCUCUUCGCUAGCAUCUACACCACAGUCAGCGCGUUCGUGCUGGUCUAUGGGAAGAAAAGCUACUGGAAGGAACUGAUUGCAACGUAUAACCUCUUUUUAGACGAGUACCCCUGUUUGAGCAGCAUGAAGGUGGAAGAGGUCAAAACAGAACCGCAUGAGAACAGCAAUGGGCACUAAGCUUGAUAGAAAUGAUAUAGUUGUGUAGCUUCUUGCUAUUUUUCCUGAAAAAGAUCCUUUGAGAAGUCUUCGAAAUCUUCACUGCGUACAGAGAAGCAGAUCUUAAAAUGAUCUGCACAAAACAAAAAAGAGAUUUUAAUUCUUUUAUUAAACAAAUAAAAUAAAAAAAUUCAUUUUACAACUCCCCUAGAGUUAAACAGUUGAGUUGUACCGUUUUCGAAUCGAUAACUAUAGAAGAGUCAAGUUUUAAAUAGGAAAAAUAUUGAAACUUAGGUCAUUUUUGAGCGAGAUGCUAUCGGUCUAAUCAGAUUCAAUGAUCUAUGCUAAGCUAAGAUAAAAGUCCUACCGCCAGACCCGGAGAUCGGAUGAAUGGAUUAGAAAACGGUAAAACUCAACUUUUUAACUCUAGGGGAGUUGGAAAAUGAGCCUAUUUUCAAAAAUAGUGGCAUGUUCCUUUAAAUGUGGCUAAAAUAUUUAAAUACUUAUAGGCUAUAAUAAUCUCAUUCUACACAUUUAUAGAAAUGAUAUAGUUAGCUAGAAGCUUCUUGCUGUUUCUUGUUCAUACAAGUUUACACUUCUUUUCAUCUGAGAUGAACAGUGCGAUUUUCUAACUCAUACUCAUAGGUCUGAGCAUUAGAUGCUAUUGCAGAUUGUGUUAUGAAAGUUUGCACAAUCAUUCUGCUCUACCAGUCCUUGAAGAUUCAUGAUUCAACUUGUCAAUGGUUGACAUGA